GUGCUUUUGUCGUUUGUUGCGGUCAGGCGUUUGCAGCAGUGUMCGUCGCCGUUACGUGAUAGAUCCCCCGUUGUCUACUAGCUGCCACUGUCAUCCAMGUGCUUUUCAUGGCCRAYGUCUUUCGGAGGCUGCCGCUGCUGCUGCUGGUCGUCCUAUUGCUCCUCCUCCUGGUUGUCUUCCACGUGUGCAUCCUCGGCGGCCUUCCGCGACGUGGUCGCAGAAGGAGGUGUGUGAAGAACAACGACAGAAUGGAGGGCCAGAAGGCGAUCAGCGGGUCCGCAGGGGAGUGCGGUGGGCGGUGGUCCGGGAACAGCCCGUCGAAUAGUCCAAGGCCGUCGGAGCAGUCUGGGCAUGCGCACCUGCCACCGCACUUGCAACCUCUGCCUGACACGGACGACGAGGAAGGGGACGAUCGACGGUCACUGACCGUGCCGCUGGGAAGCGGAUCCACCCAGGAGUGGGUGGCUACAGAGCUGUUUGGAAGCCGCGACGGCGGUAAAGGGCAGUCGUACACCGAACUCCUCCAGCAGGGGAUCAGCGACACCGAUGGCGAUGGCGGCGUGAAUCUGUCAUUUGGACUCGGCAGCGGGAGGUCGGCAGUCGUCUCUCGAACGGUCGUCGUGAACCCCCAUCCCCACGACGAUGGCAGCGACGUGACGGCUGUUCAGCGAUCACCCAGGUCUCCAGCACCGCUGCGGGAGGCUUCGGGGAACAACAAUGAUCCUCCUAGGCAGCAAUUUCGGUCGCCGUCUGUGUGUAGGGGUCGUCGUGUUGGCGAGUGUAGGGAGACGGCGCCUGCCGUUGCUGAUGUUGGUGACGCACGUGACGGAAGGGAGGUGUGGGCAGAACAGCGACAGUUGAUGAGGUCAGUGCGGGAGGAGUCCAUAACUCGGGGGGUGCAGCGAUUGCGUGUUGGGGAAGACGGGCACGACGGCGAGGACGCAGGGGCGGACGCGCACGACCCCGACUGGAACGACAACGGCGCUGAAGGUUGGGAGGACGACGCAGCCAACAUUUCGCCGUCGAAGCAGGCGGCCGCUAUGGGAGGGAGGGGCGGAAAGACGAAGUCGUGUAGCGGUAAUGGUCGUCGGGGCAAAAGGACGGCAGGCAAGGGCAGCGAUGCCGAAGGUGAUGUCGAUGGUGAAGGAGGUCGUCACUUCUGGUCCGUCGACGACAUUAUAGCCCUCAUCCGGGCUAAACGUGAUCAGGAUGCGCAUUUGCAGGGGAUGGGCCACGUGUACGCUCGGAUGAAGCCGCGAGAAUGGAAGUGGCUGAAUGUGGCAACAAGGUUGAAGAAGGUGGGCGUCGACAGAGAGGCCGAUCGGUGCGGGAAGAAGUGGGACAAUCUGAUGCAGCAGUUCAAGAAGGUUCAUCAUUUCCAAGGACUGUCCGGGAAACAGGACUUCUUCCAAUUGUCUGGGAAGGACAGGAUGUCGAAGGGCUUAAAGCACGACGACGACGACGACGGGUCCACCAAAGGUUCUUCGCAGACGACGGGUGGCACAGGCGGUUUCGGCAAGAGGAAGAGCACAAGGCAACAAACAUUUGAGGCAAUGACGGAGUGCAUGGAGAAGCACGGGGCGUUAAUGGCGUCAACGAUGGAGAGCAACAGCAAACGUCAUUGCUCCAUCGCCAUACGUCAGUGCGAGGCGCUGGAAGCGGAGAUCGAAGUGCAGAAAAAGCACUACGCAGCAUCAGACGAAAUCCUCGCCUUCGUCGUCCAGAUUGUCAUCGUCACCGCGGGUGCGUCUUGCGCCAUGUCCUCACGCGCUUCCACACGCGGCAAGGCCGCCGCCAACCUCUCACAACAACCGGCGACCCGGGAGAAGAAGGGCCGCCACAUGGCCAGCAAGAAGAGGAAGAUCCUCGAAGGCGCCCCAGCACAUGGAGGUUACGUGCUGGAUGAAGAGUGGGUGCCGAAGGACGUGGCGACGCAGGAGGGGACGGAUUUUGAAGACUCUGACGACAUGCCGUUGCAGCGGAAGUCGUCCAGGCGGGGGAGUGGCGGCAUCCGCAUAGACGACGCUGGAGAAAGACGACGCGCAGGAGGGCGGCCAGUACCGGAAGACGUCGUCGACGUUGACGCCGCGACGACAGCCAAAGAGGGCGGGGGAAAUCGCGCGCCACUGCCACGUAUGACUCCACCAACCGACACGCAAGAGGGCGUGGUUUGCUUACGGACACCGCUGACACCACGCUCGAGGACGGCUGCAGACGUGGCCUUGUCGGGGGGGCCAUCACAGGCGGCGGGAGGGGUGAGGGCAGGCGGGGCAGCGGGCUACGCAGCAAAGGGGGGGGAAUCAAACGCGGGGGAAGGGGCGACGGCAGGGGUGAAGGCAAGCGAUGUCGCGGGGGAGGGGGACGACGACGACCCAUCGGUGAACAGGCUGCGCCAGCAGAAUACGCGAGAAAUGGAGGCGGCGGCGAAGCUGUGGGUGGAUGACCUCCGCUUCUGGAACGAGAGGGAGGGAUUUGCCAUCGUCAAGUUGAUCGCGGAGGCACGCGGUUAUCUUGUGGUUGUAGCGCGGGGAGAGCAGCCUCCGCCCAUUCGUCGCAGCAUCGUCUUGCCUCACAACAGCAUCCCGCAGCACAAGAUCACGGACGAGUCGGAGUUAAACGUUGCGAAGGAGAGGGCGCUGAAGGUUCAGGGGAUCGCUUUGCGGGUGAUACACGGGUGGGUCUUCAAGUCUCAAAACAUGCAAAGGGGGUACCAUGCGGCGUACCAGUACGCACUCAACCACGCGGCCACCGACAUCGCUCGCGCGAUGUGGAUGGGGGAGGACUGGCGUUAUUGUGUGAGUCCGAUGGUCAUCCACCACACGCUCGACAUGCAUAUGAAGCUGCCUUUGUGGUUCGUGGGCGCCGACGUCGAAGACAGGCACGAGGACGACGGCUUGGCGGCUUAUCAAGAGGCGAGCAUCCAGCGACUGGUGGGGGAUUUCACGAGCGCCGUGAUCAUUGCGGAGGCGACAGACGGCGACCGUGUAUCGCACGAAAGGUUGAAGACCAUGGCCGACGCGAUGCGGAUGAUGCUCGCGGCGACCAUGUGGCUCAUGCGGAUGGCGGGUGACGAUCAUCGCGCGCAUUACAACGCCUGGGUCUUCGUCCAACUCACGGCGAAGCCGACGCUCGUCGCAUCCAUGCAUCGCUGCUUCGACGCGCGUCGGCACAUCGUGCAAGCUGUGACCGUAAUCACCGACAAGUUGGCGAGUCCCCCCAUCACUUUGAUCGACCCUCCAAUGUAUGUUCCCGACUGGGCGUCCAUCGGUGUGAAGUUCUCACACGACGCCACGCUAUCUUCCCCGAUGGAGGCGAAGAAGGUGGAUUGGCUGGGCACAGGCCCCCCGGAAGACGAAGACGACGGGAAAGGCGACGAACAGGGAAGCGGGGGGGGUCGAUGACGCCUUUUAGUCGUCUAUGUAGUUUUUCCUCGCGUGAUGCUGCUCUGCCGUGGCUUGUUUUUCGA